UGAGAGAAAACAGCACAGAGUUUCACAACCAAGAACAGCAAAACUGAGCUUUAAUAAAGCACUGGGUGAGAAGACAUUCUAAUAACAGAGAAAUACCAAUGAUAAAGAAAAUAACAGUUAUCAUCUUAAACAACAUGUAGGCAAUCCAGAAAAGUGGUGAAAAUGAAUCAAAAGACAACACUUCCCUGCCAUGUGAAGGAAUGGACAAAAGAGCAAGUUCAUUAUUGGUUAACUGAAGUAGUUAGAUCAGAUAAAAAAUAUGUAGAAAAAUUAUAUGAAGAAGAUGUAGACGGAAAAGCAUUAAUUUGCUAUAAAUCAGAUGAUCUUCAUUACCUUGGCAUUAAGCAUGGUCCUGCUGUUAUUAUUAUCAACCAAUUAAAGGAGUACAGACGGAUUCAUGAACCCCAUUUUGCAUCCCCUGAACAUUCCCCAACACAACAAGAAGAGGACAGACUGGAAAAACCAGAGGAAAUUCAAGACCUCUCAUCAGAUCAAAUGCCUAGGCACACUAUGAAAUCGAAAGGAAAAUCGAACCAAAAAAUGAACUCCAACAAAUGUCGAACAACAAACACAGAUUCAUUAGAUAUAAAAACAAACCCUCAAACAGCACAUUCUCAGCCAAAAGGACCUCUAGCUAGUACCUUUACCAAAGAAACUGAACUAGGAAAGUCACCUGCCUUUAAAACAGCAGUCAUCAAUGAAGAAAACAUAAUAAGCAAAGAAAACAGCACAAGAAAAUCUGAACAACACUCAUGUAGUUUCUACAAAUUUGACCAGAGCUCUGCUUCUCAUCGAUACAUUCAAAACUACGUAUUGCCACCAGAGACUGGACCAGACAAUCUGAUUGAUCCAGUUCAUGAGUAUAAGUUUAUGGGCAGAACAGAUGAUAUGACUGUGAUGAAGAAGAAGUUCAAUAAGGAGGUGUUUCGCUUUGCUGCUGGCUGCAUGAACAGCCGCACUAAUGGAACAAUCCACUUUGGUGUAGCUGACUCUAAAGAUUCACACUAUGUUCAUGGAGAGAUCAUCGGGAUCAGUGUUGACAAGAAGGAUGCUAUCAUUGAUCACUUUCAUCAGGGCAUUAAACAAUACUUUGAAGAACAAACACAAGAAGCAAAGGCAUGCAUCAGACAACCACGCUUUGUAGAAGUUCUCUGUCCUGACAGCACUCUAUCUGGAAAAUAUAUCAUAGAGGUGGAUGUUGUACCAUCCCACAUCAUAGUUCAUGGAAAGCAGUUUGAAAUCCAGACUCUCGAUGAAGAAAAUCAAUGGAAAAAGAGCAAAGGAAAGUCACUCUUCAUCAGAGAUGGAGCUGCAACUAGAGAUAUUUAUAAAAUUGGGAAUCCAAAAGACUUGCACUAUGAAUUGACACGAAUAAAUGAACAAAUAAAUGUUCUGGACAUGAGGAGGAGGGAGGCAGAAAAGAGACCCGACAGCAAAAGAACAUCAAAUCAAGGGGAAAAACUGAAGAAUCUGCUGACAUGUGGAGGAAACAGACUGAAUCAUUAUGAUUAUUUCAUCAUUGUAACAAACAAAAGUCACCCUGAACAGCUGCAGCAUCUUCAGUUCAUGGCAACCUUAAAAUUGUUCUGUGUGCUGGACUUUGAUCCAGAUUCUGUAGUAAAUGGAUCCUGCCACAAUUACAAAGAUGUUCGAAUUGCAAACCUUCACACAGCAAGCCAGUUUAAUGGGGACCCAGGAGCAAUUGUGAAAAAUCUCAACUUGUACAAACAAACAAGUUGGGUAUUCUGUAACGGCAGAAAAGACCUUAAUACAGAAUCUGACCGACCACUUAAACCAAGUGAAUGGUUAAUACAUAAAGCAGGAGAGGUACAAGACUUGAUCUCUUUCAUCUGCAAUCCAUAUACUCUCCCAAGAGGACGAUUCUUAGUCAUAUUUCUCCUCCUCUCCACUGUUGAGGCUAUGAACGACCCAAUUUUUGAUACAUUCAUGUCCUUUUAUAAAAACCUUGGUGGUGCAAAGAACAUUUUAAGUAUUUGCAGUUCUGAUGCUUCGUUUCAAAAAUGGAAGGAUUACAUUCAGGCCAGAUGUGAACAUGACAUCAGUCAGCGGAGUAUAUAUGAUCUGGAGCUCAGUGAAAUUAAUGGGACGAUACUGAAACUGGGACAGAACAAGCAAAAUGCACAGAAACUUCUUCCAUCUGCUGAAGGCAGUUCAGUGAUUCUGCAGAAGAAAGAUGAAGACCUCAUGACAUCCCUUGAUGUCCUUUGUGAGAAUGAAUGUGAAAAUGAAUAUGACGAGAGCUCUGCAGAAUUUGAAGAGUUCAAAAUUAAAACUGAGUCUGAGUUCUACAGGGGAGGCAAAGUCAAAUGGUGGAACUUUUACUUCUCAGAGCAACCUGCAGCAAAACCGUUCAUAAAACGAGACAAACACUCAAAACUCGAGAAAAGUAUCAGAUCUCAGACCAAAAAUAACACAAGAACAUGUGUCAUGGUGAAUCUAUUUCAUCACCCUGGGUGCGGCGGCACCACCAUGGCCAUGCAUGUGAUGUGGAAUCUCAGAAAAGAAUUCAGAUGUGCGGUGUUAAAAGACAACACCGUUUCAAAGGACGAAGUGGCCAAACAUGUUGCUCAUUUGAUGAAGUGUGGAAAAAGUGAGCAAUCCUUAAAAACACCAGUCCUGCUACUAGUGGAAGAUUCAGAAGAAACAGAAAACACAGUUGAACUUCAGCACUCUUUGAGAAAAUUUACAAGAGAAACAGGAGCAUUUGUCAUCAUCUUAAACUGUAUACGCACAAAAACGCCAAAAGUUAGGUACUACAAUACUGUCAUUGAAAGUGAGUACAUUACAGCAGCGCUAUCUGACAAUGAAAAACGUGCUUUUGAAAUGAAGCUUAAAGAACUUCAAGAAAUAAAGUCUUUCACAACUGAGAACUUCUACAGUUUCAUGAUCAUGAAAUCAAAUUUUGACACUGAAUAUGUUGAAAAUGUUGCAUCUAACAUUCUGAAAGAUUUCAGAGUUGAAAGCAAACAAGCACGACUCUUCUGCAUGCUGGCUUUACUUAAUACAUAUGUGCCUGAACCAGCCAUUUCAAGAUCUUUAUGUGAAGAUUUUCUAGGUAUAAAAUGUGCAUUGUGGGGAAGAGAAUCAGUGCUGGAGAAAAUGGAGCCCUACUCCUGUUUGUUGAUUGAUUUCGAGGCAGAGGAAUAUGGAGGACUUAAAGCAAUUCGCUUUGUUCAUCAGAACCUUGCAACAGAAUGUGUGAAACAACUAGAGGAGACACAUAACUGCUCUAAGGCUGAAAUAGUACUAGAGAUGUUGCAUUGUGAUGCCCUUUUUAAAACAUUUGCAGUAAAGGAUGUUCUUGUUCAGUCCAUCAAAUGCAUGCUGAUCACUCGUCAACGCAAGACAGAAGACAAUGAGAAAGACACUCUGUUUUCACCUUUGAUAGAAGACAUAAACUCAGGAAAAGAUGGAUUGAACAAAAUCCAAGAAAUCUUUAUUGCAGCAUCAGAAAGAUUCAAUAAAGACUUCACAAUACCUCAAGCUCUAGCAAGGCACUUCUACCUGAAUGAAAAAAACUUUACUGAUGCUAGAACAUGGGCAAACAGUGCGAAAGCAAUCAAAGAAAACUCCUACACUUUAGAUACGGUUGGACAAGUUGCUAGAAGUGAAUUAAAACAUAAGAUUGAGUGUAAAAAGCAGGAGAAGAAACCAUGCUCAGCUGAAGACUUGAAUGAUUGUCUUGAGUUAGCAAGCACAGCAACCAAAGCUUUCAGAAGAGCUCAGAGCUUGGCAAAGACAGAUGAUGUUCUUGAAAGUGAACAAGAACUACACAGAAAGUUGAGCCCAUAUAAUAUAUCUGGCUACAUGGGUGAGAUUGACACAGCCAUGAUUGUUUUUGACAUCAUCAAAAAACUGGAACUCUUUGAGAAAGGUGAUCCGAUGAAAGACCAUUACAUCCAGAGCUUCCUCAAAGGAAAAAUGCCUUUUGAAAACAUUCAGUUCUCUAUAAAAGAAUCCAGCAGUGAAUAUGCUGUGGUUCUUAAGGACUAUGAACAUUUUCUGAAAUCUUUAAAACCACAGGUGAAAGAGGCAUUUGACUUCCUUGAAAUUUACUUCACUUACAUGAGAGAAAAGAGAGUUGAUGAUGGAAAAGAUAUAAAGAAUCGUAAAAAACUCUCUGCACACUACCAAAACUACAUUGCAUUAUUUUGCUCAUCAGCAGAAGAAAAGCAAACAGAGAGAAAUCAAAAACCAAAACUGAGUUUGAAUAUGAAAAUUGAGGAGUAUCGAAUGUUCCUGGAGGAAAGCAGAGCAGACAUUUUCCCAGGUCUUCUCAGGUUUGUUGAGGAUAGGAAUGAGACAGUAGAAAUGAUCGCUGAAAAAUACUCAUUCAUACUUGAGAGUUCUGCCAUCAAAACUAUAAAGGACAAAACAAAUCAUCUGCUUGCACAUAUCAUACUUAAGUUGAUUUGGCCAAAAUCAAAACUAGCAAAAUCCACAGAGGACCUCAAUGUGCUUUUAAAAGAUAUUCUGCAAGAGGUCAGUACACAGCACCAACAUCCAGAGCCGUUUUAUCUGGCCAUACUCUUGCUCUGGCCAGGAAGAAAUGUCAACAGCAGUGGCAUUAAGAUUUAUGUUGAUAAAAUCAGAAGCUCAGCAAGAAAACACCUCUCUUACAUGUACAGAACAAGGUCAACCAUUGCUCACUUCUUCCUGGGAAAAUCUGAUGGAAUACAAAGACUUGUGCCAAAGGUUUUCCUUGACAGAUCUAUCAGGAAUGUGCGGGACCGCAACAUUCUUUGGCAAACAGGAGAAAUCUUUAAGGAACACCCAAUAACUAGCAAGCUUGUCAGAGUAAAAGGAACUAUUGAGGAUGGAGAGGUCUUCACAGAGUAUGGUAAUCUUAAAAUUCCUGUGAGACCUGCAUUUCUAGGUGGAGUGAGAAGCGGCUACAGCACUGAGGUAGUGUCCUUCUACAUUGGCUUUGCCAUGGAUGGUCCACUUGCUUAUGACAUUCAAUAUGAAGAUGACAGAUAAAUAAUAAAAGAAAUUAUGAAUGUAGAAAAAUAUAUUUCUAGUUAGUUACAUCACUAUGUAGUAGGCAUAGGAAGAUAACCGUUUUUAAGGUAUACCGCGGUUUGGACUAGUCAAGGUUUUAGAACCGCCAAAAUGUUCUGUAAAACCAUUUCUAAGGUAUGUGUAAGAUUUUUUUAUUUCCUUUUUUUUUAUAGGACAACAGUAUCUCCAGUAGAAAAGAUAU